CAAACCGUGAUCUAGUCCUGUGCUAAACUCCGAACGAAACAGACACCAGUUGUACCGGUUUGAAUUCCUAACAGACGGACACGUGUCACGGAAUAUCUGCCACUGCCCGGAGAUGACCGCCCCGAAGAAGGACUCCAAACACGUCAAGUGCGAAAUACGGUUCGAUAACAGCUCAUCUGGGAUUUACCGACCGGGCUACACCGUCAACGGGACGGUUGUGAUCACGCUGGAUAAAAAGAAGAAAUUUCGAGGUAUCUGCCUACGCAUCAAUGGAUUCGCCAGCAGUUUUUGGGACGCCAAGGUUAAAGCCGAGUCCGGUAACAAAGUUCGCAAAACUGCAUUCAAAGGCCGAGAAGACUACUUCAGCACCAUCAACUACUUCGUCGGAUCGGACGUAGGAAACCCAUUAGAAGUACUUCCCGGUACAUACACGUACCCGUUCACCUGCCAAAUCCCACCGCAAGCGCCCGCCUCCAUGGAAAGCAGCUACGGCCACAUCAGGUACCUGGUAAAGCUGUCAUUCGAGCGACCAUGGAAGAACGACAUCAUCUAUCAAAAAGACAUCAUCGUCCGUGGUAGUCAGGAUUUGAAUCAUAAUGCAGAUCAGCUAUCCAAACCUACCAAAGCGGAAGCGAUGACGUCGUUCUAUUUCGGGCUGACAGAGCCGCUGAUCGUUACGGCCACCACUCCUCGGUCCGGUUACGUCCCAGGGGACGUCAUAGAAUUGACGAUGCACGUCAACAACCAGAGCAGCGUGGAUGUAAAAUGCAUAACCGUCAAGCUCCAGCGAGUCGACACCUUCAUCAGCCAAUUACCGCGGGUUGAGCAACGUCAAGAAUUCACUGUUUUGGAGGAACGAAUCACCGGAAAGAUAGCCAAGAGGCAGGAUGCUAAACUCGAGGAAAACAUCCUUAUCGGUCCGGGAAUUCCAUCUGACGACAGCCACUGUCGAGUAAUCCAGGUCAAGUACGAACUCGACAUCACGGUUCAACCAAUUCGAUCGCGCAAAAGGCUCACACUAAAGUUACCAAUUGUUCUUGGUACAACCGCCAUCACCAACAACGGCCAUCUACCCAACCGAGCCCUGGAGAAGCAACAGGAAGCGCUGCUAGGAUAUGCUCCAUCGGCACCGAUGGCAUCCGAAGUGGAUGAUGUCCAGGAUGGUGCACCGCCGUCGUACCUAGAUCUUCAGGCAGUGCUGGCAAGCACUUCCUGUUCGUACUCGGUUGCGUCGGACAUCACUGCGGAUGAUGCUAAUGCGGAAGCUGCCGGAACGAACCGGACGGGACCGUACGAACCGAGAGAGUUCUAGUCAGGGAUAAUUGUAGCACGUCGUCAGCAUGUACCUGCCGGUCAUCGAUAGUUUUUAAGCUCAAUAUGAUUAAUGGAGGUAGAUGUAUGUAAAUAUUACUGUAAUGCUCGAAAAUGUUAUAUAACUCAUAGAAACUAGACCAUUUUAAACGUAAUAAAGAGUAAGCUAAGUUUAUACUGUGGACAA